AGAACCAAUAGGAAUUAUGGAAGCAUCUUGCCCGCAGAAUGUGAUUUCGACCGCUGUUUUUUUGGGUAGUUUAUAUCCUGUUUGGUCAGCGGAGCGGGUGGAUUUGUGUCUGUUUUUGAAGGUGUUUUAGAAAGAGGAGUAAAACUGACAUCCACGUGUUUUUCACAACAUCCCAUCAUGUUGCCGUUCGAAACGACGAAUAUUUUUGAACAGUUGCCGAGGUUUGUGUUCAAAAUGCCCCGUGUAGUGCCCGAUCAAGAAAGUAAAUUCCAAUCAGAUGAACUUUUUAGAAGAUUGUGUAGAGAAAGUGAGGUGCGGUAUACGGGCUAUAGAGAUAGACCAAUAGAAGAAAGGCAAAUGCGAUUCCAAGCCGCUUGCAGAGAUGGACACACGGAAGUGUCAUUCAUAGCAACUGGUACAAAUCUCCAACUUGUUUUUAACGCUUGUUCGAAUGGUUAUAGCGAUGGCUGUGAUUUUACAAAAGAACCUGGAAAGGUUCAUAUUAAAUCAGGUUUUAUUAUGAAUGGUGUUUGUGUUAGAUGGCGGGGCUGGCUUGACCUUGAAAGAUUAGAUGGUGUCGGUUGCCUGGAGUUUGACGAAGAAAGAGCGCAAAUAGAAGACACAAUCUUGAGAGAACAGGUGGAGAUGUACAAUCAAAGGUUAAGAGAAUUCGAAGAAAAGCAGAGAGUAUUCCGCGCACAACAUGAAAGGCAUGUCGAAGCAGAAGUGGAGGUAAGAGCCUCAAGGUACAGAACACACACGGCUCGGAAAAAACAGAGUGAGUUAAGUCCUGACAGAGCUGGUUCAGCAAGCAACUAGGAUUCAUCGGAGAUUCUCUUUUAAAUUUACAUCAAAAUGUACCGGUGUUUCACUUAUUUUGUUGCCAUUCCUUCAUUUCAAAAGAAAGAAAGAUCUAAAAACUGCUCACAAAAUUAUUUGGCUCGCCUUAUAUUAACCCAGAAUGUUUUAGAGAACUCUUGAUUUGAGUUGAUGUUUUAGGAACAAAAGCUUACCCUUACAUGACUAUAGAAGCUUAAUUUAACCUAAAAAUGUAAAGAAAUUAUUUGUUUCUAAUGGUUUAAUUUGUAUCAGUUCAUUGCAAAAGUUCGUGCUCUAUUUGAAGCCAAAUGCAAUAUCCGAAACAUCGAACUUAUAUUUUACUGAAUCAUAAUUUAUUUAUUAUUUGCUUAGCAUGAAAUCAUUUUUUUAAAAAAUGUUUAGUUCUUUGUCACUCAUAAUUGAAUGAAUAACAAUUUUUACUAUUUCAAAUUUUUUAAAAUAUGUUCGCGUUUGACAUUAAUAAUUAGAUUUUUCCAAAUGACAGCUUAUUAGCUAAAUGAAACAGCUGUAAUUUACUGAGGUUUUUCUAAAUUAUUUUAUCAAAAAUAGAAUAUUAGAAAAUGGGAAUUUAAAAGUUUAAAUAAAUAGAGAGAUUUUCAUCUGUUAGUGUUGUAUGGUAUAAAUAAUUUAGCAAUACUUUAUUCAUAUGAAAUAAAACAAGGUUUCUUUUCAAUUCAUUUUUUUAAAUGUAAGUCAGAUGCUCACAUUAUUUUCUACAAUUAUUUGUUUGUUCUUAUUUCUCUACAGUCAACAGGCAAGCUUUACAAUAAUUUUUUACGCAGUUUAAUCAGGCAUCAACUUUUGCAAUUAUCAGACCUUAUUCUCCCCACGAGCGAAAGUUUAAGGAAUGAAAAGUACUAGGAAUGACGUCAUUUUCGAGAACAAGCUAAAAGGCUUCUUAUAUGACGUCAUAAAUACGUAAUUUACAAAUGCUGGAACUUAUCACAUUGUAUAAAAAUUGGACCGUCAGCCUUUCUAAUUCGGAAAGCACUCUUAGUGUACUCCAUACUUUUUUUUUGUGCAAAAUAUGAUCUGUUUGGUAUUGUUUUGCAUUGAACAAUUAUUUAAUUUAUUUUGACUUUUAUGAUUUCUAAAUUUCCAUUUGAGCUUUUACCUUUUGUGUUUUUGAACUCUUGAUGUAAAUAUUGUGUUUGUCGGAAAAUGAACUAUUGCUAAUUUUAACUCGGAUCUUUCAGAUCUUUCUGUUUUGUAAAUAGUCAGCCAAAUAUCUUGUUAUUGAAGAUUCCUACUGAAUAUUUAUAAUUUUCUGUUAGUUUUCUUUUCUUUUAAUGUCUUCAAGUAUUAAAUUUUUUCAUAAAGAAAAGCAAUGAAUUUAAUUUUUUUUAUUUCUUAAAGCAAUUAGAAAAGCAAUUUUUUUUAUUUCUUAAAGCAAUAGUACUUUUAAUUUUCAUAUAACAAGAUUAAGGGCUUUGCAAACUGAAAUUAUUUAUGAAAUAUGUUAAGAUAUUUGUUGUUUUUUGAAUUUCGUGUAUAUUACUAGAAUCAUCCACUUUGUUGCUCAGCACAAAAACCUUACAUCACUUCUGUUUUCUUAUUCGGAAGUGAAUCAGCUUUGUGUAAUAUUAUAAAUAUGGGUUGUAAAUAUUUAUACUGCAAUAUUUGUUCAUGUAUCUGUGUUAUAAUGUGUCCCGGAUAUGUUGUUUUUAAACUGUGUGUAGCUAAACACCAAAUGAAAUGAAAAUAUCGUCGGGCACGAUAUGUUUUAAUGAUAUAUUUCCUAGUCUAGAUAUUGUAUUUUUGUCUUUGUUUGUUCUGAAUAAAAAUAAUUCAUUGGA